AUGAGAAUAAGAGGAAAGGCAUCAUCGCAUUCUUUCUGUGCAGCUAUAGAGCAAGGGGAUUCAAUCAAAAGUCCUGAAGUUGCAAUUCCAACGAAGGAGGAGAAGGAAAAAGUUCUUAUCGAGGAAGAAAUACACACAGAACCCCCCAUUGUCAUUGCCACCUUCCCCCUUCCACAUUUUCUAAAGAAACAGAGCAAUGAACCUGAACAGAGUACAAAUAAACAGAGCAAUGAACCAGAACAGAGUACAAAGAAACAGAGCAAUGAACCAGAACCGAGUACAAAGAAACAGAGCAAUGAACCUGAACAGAGCAAAAAGAAACAGAGCAAUGAACCUGAACAGAGCAAAAAGAGACAGAGAUUUGAACAUGAGAGCAAUGAAGAAGUACCGCUCUUUUUUACAGUAAGACGCAAGAGAACACCAAGAAUCGAAGUAAAGAGAAUAAAGAACAACAAUUACUACAUGGAGGAACAGGUUGAACUUCAACAACCUGAAUUGCUGGUUAACAACUACAACAAUAUGGAGGAACAGAAUGAACUUCAACAACCUGAAUUGCUGGUUAACAACAACAACAACAACAACAUGGGGCAUGAACAGAAUGAACUUCAACCACCUGAAUUGCCUGUUAACAACAACAACAACAAUAUGGAGGAACAGAAUGAACUUCAACCACCUGAAUUGCCUGUUAACAACAACAACAACAAUAUGGAGGAACAGAAUGAUCCUGACCAACCUGAAUUGCCUGUUAACAACAACAACAACAACAUGGGGCAUGAACAGAAUGAUCCUGGCCAACCUGAAUUGCCUGUUAUCAACAACAACAACAACAUGGAGCAGGAACAUAAUGAUCCUGACCAACCUGUAUUGCCAAUUGAAGUUCAAGAAAAGAUUCAAGAGCUGGGAGGUAGUGAAGUGAAGCUGGUGAUUCAAAAGAAACUCCACAAGAGUGACGUGAACGCGGGCCAUAACCGGUUCUCGAUCCCGAGCCAGCAGAUUCUAGCAAGGGAUUUUCUGACACAGGAAGAGGUGACACUCUUGAAUGGGCGUGAAGGGGGAAAGCCUGCUGGUUUGACUGUGAAUGUGUUGGAUCCAAGUCUUGAACUCUGGGAAGGCUUGCGCUUGAAGAAGUGGGAAAUGACCAGCAGUCCAACCUACAACAUCAUAGGUGGGUGGAUGAAGGUUGUGAAGAACAGUGGUUUGGAGCCUGAAGAUGUGGUGCAGUUGUGGUCUUUCAGAAGCAAUGGUCAACUCAAUUUUGCACUCGUCAAGCUCUGA